AUGGCCGGCAGGUGGGCCGACACAGAAGAAGACGCCGCCUUCGAAGCAAAGCGGAAGCAAGAGAAGGAAGAGAAGAAGCGCCUGAAGGCGCAAAAGGCUGAGCAGCAACGCAGAGUUGAAGCAGAGCGCCAGACGCAGGAAGCAGAAUUACAGGCGCCAGGCGCAGAAGAACAUGACCGGCCUUCGAAGAGGCGGAAAACAACCCCAGAACACUACACAGCCGACGGAGACACCCAGGGAAACGCUAAGCUACUACGGUUCCCUUUGCGCUCGUGGGAUAAGUGUCGCAGCGUCGAACGUUACGACAAGCUCAACGACAUUGAAGAGGGCACUUAUGGAUGGGUCUCCCGGGCCAAAGACACUGCCACUGGCAAGGUUGUCGCGCUGAAGAGGCUGAAGCUUGAGCCGACAGACCACAACGGACUUCCAGUGACUGGGCUACGCGAGAUUCAAAUAUUGAGGGAUUGUCAACACAGAAAUAUUGUGAAUCUUGAAGAGGUUGUGGUGGGCGACGACACGUCGAAAAUAGAACACAUCUUCUUGGUUCUCGAGUUCGUCGAACACGACCUCAAGAGCAUCCUUGAGGAGAUGCCCGAGCCGUUCCUCCUUUCCGAAGUCAAACGCCUGCUCCUCCAGCUCACUUCAGGCAUUACCUACCUCCACGAGAACUGGAUACUACACCGCGACCUUAAGACUUCCAAUCUGCUCCUCAACAACCGUGGACAGCUCAAGAUAGCCGACUUUGGCAUGGCACGUUACGUUGGCGACCCGGCGCCGAAGCUGACGCAGCUUGUCGUGACCCUCUGGUACCGCGCCCCCGAGCUCCUCCUCGGCGCUAAGACCUACGACUGGUCUGUCGACAUGUGGAGCGUUGGCUGCAUCAUGGGCGAGAUGCUCACGCGCGAGCCCCUCCUUCAAGGCAGCAACGAGGUAGACCAAGUGACCAAGAUUUUCGAGCUUUGCGGUGUCCCGACGCAAGAGUCUUGGCCUACGUUCCGCAGCCUCCCCAACGCCCGUACACUGCGUUUGCCAAAGACGUCGCUCGUCACAGGGUCCAUCAUUCGUGCCAAGUUCACUUCGCUGACGAAUGCGGGCUGCGGCCUGCUGAACGAUCUGCUCGCCCUUGACCCAGACAAGCGACCCUCGGCCAAAGACAUGCUGCAACACAAGUACUUCAGCGAGGACCCCAAACCCAAGCAAGAGAGCAUGUUCCCCACCUUCCCUAGCAAAGCCGGCCAAGAACGAAGGAGGCGGCAUGAACCCCAUGCUCCGGGCCGCGGACAGCAAGCGGCAGAUUUGAAAGAGGCCGACUUCAGUGGCAUCUUCCAGGGGCGAGACAGAGAAGAACGUGGUGACGGGUUUCAAUUACGCAUGGUGUGA